AAACAUUCUGGGAAACGAAAAGAAAUGAAUUAUGAUGACAAUAUGAAGAAAAUACUCAUACUUUUUUGUUUCAUUUCUUUGACAGAGGCAGCUGCAUCAACAAACAACAUUGGUUUGGUAUAUGGAAGACAGGAAGGAAAAACAGAAUGGUCAGAUCCUGUCUGUCUGACGUAUAAUCCUCAGUACUUAAGUAUACAGAAUCCUCUUCCAUCACAGGAAAAAAAUGCUAUUCGAGGAUUAUUUAAAGAUUUCACACCAGAUUAUGGUUGUGGUGACAGCAGUGUGUAUGAUGGUGGAAGUGCACUCAACAAAAUUGUGGCUGUUGCUAGGGGCAACUGUACUUUUGUAGAGAAAACAGACAUGGCACAGCAACACCAGGCUAAAGCUGUCAUAGUUGUAUCAAGUACAUAUGUUUCUCCAGGAAUUAACCAGACAUCAGAUAUACAUAGAUUUACCAUUCCAACUGGAACAAUGCUAAAGUCAGAUUUCAUCAAAAUACAGAAACUAGGAAAGUCCGUGGAAUUGAUGAUUUAUGCUCCAGAAGUCUCAGACAAAUUUGAUCCCUGUAUGGUGGUUAUAUUUCUGCUGGCUGUUGUAUGUGUUGCUGUUGGAGGAUUCUGGUCGGGGCUAACAUUUAUUGAUAGGCAGAAAAAACAAGAAGAAAAAGAAAAGAAGAAAAAAGAGAAGAAAUAUGUUCAAUCAUCUGAUCAGGGCAAAGAUGAAAGCGAGGAUGAAAAAGACAAUGAAGAACAUCUAGACAUUACAGUACCAGCUGUUAUUGUCUUCUUUGUUUUAGUCUGUGCAUUCUUAGUGCUGCUUUACUUUUUCUAUGAUUAUCUGGUAUUUGUUAUCAUCAGUUUAUUCUGUAUAGCUGGAAGUAUGGGUCUAUAUUAUUGUAUACAGCCAGUCUGGAAAUAUAUCCCUAUAAGAACAAGUAUACCAAAGUUACCAUGCUGUAAGAGUCAGCCAGAAGUCAAGAAUUUGAUAUUAUAUGCCUUAUGUGCAACCUUUGCCAUUGUUUGGGCUAUAGAAAGACAUGAAAGCUAUGCUUGGGUAUUACAAGACAUAUUAGGUUUGGCUUUCUGUAUCAACAUGCUAAAAACCAUUCAAGUUCCUAAUUUAAAGAUCUGCUCAAUAUUACUGAUACUUUUGUUCCUGUAUGAUAUUUUCUUUGUAUUUAUCACACCUUAUUUUACAAAGGAUGAAGAAAUUCUUGAUGUGACUAGAAGAAAUGGUGAAAGUAUAAUGGUUAAAGUUGCCACUGGGGGAGCUUCAAAAUCCAAAGAGAAGCUACCUAUGGUGUUUGUAGUACCAAAGUUGAAUUAUUCUCCAUACAGUUCCUGUUUGAAUCAGCCUUCCAUGCUGGGAUUCGGAGAUGUUAUAGUUCCAGGUUUAUUGGUUGGCUAUAAUCAUGGAAUAGAUUUAAAAGUCAAUAGUAAAAAAAUAUACUACAUAGCUACAGUAAUAGCAUAUGGAAUUGGCAUGAUCAUAACAUUUAUUGCCUUGGAGUUGAUGCAGACUGGCCAACCAGCUUUAUUGUACCUUGUGCCUUGUACACUUAUAACGACUUUUGUGAUUGGCUGUAUCAGAGGAGAAUUUAAACUGUUGUGGAAUGGAACUAAAAAAGUGAGUGUAACAGAGAACAGUGAGAAUCCUCCACCACAACCAGAGAAUGUUAUCUCAGGCCCUAAUACAGCAUCUGUAAAUAAUGUCAAUGAAGAAAUGUCUAGUACAUCUACAAUAGACAGUGAAAACAGAAGUCUAAUCAGGAAGUGACUAUGUCGCAGAAAAUCUGAAACAAAGAAUUAUGGGAAACUUAAAAUAUUAUAACUAGUGGGUUGAGAUACACAAAAAUUUGAGGGAAUUUAAUCCUUUUUUUCAUGUCUUUCAUUUUCAUGUUUUUAAUAUAUUUGUUGAAAGUUAUUUUAUAUAUUUUUAAGUAUACACAAAAAAAUGUUUACUAGUCAACUCAGCUGUCUACGUAACCUGCUGUUUUGAAGCUUUGUGUACCUUUAUUUUUGCAGCAGAUAUUUCUGCAUAUUUAUUUUAGGAUUACCAUAACAUUUGUAUUUAGCAGAAUUGAGAUUUUUUGGGAAAAAUUGAAGAUAAGAUGUUCAAACAUACCCAAAACAAAAGAAUAGCAGCACCACCUCCAUUAAUUUCUUUGGAACACAAAUUUCUAAUGUGUAUAACUUUUUAUCUCCCACGCAACUGCAUAUAAAUAGUAUAAUGUGUGUAUCUUGAAAUGCACUAUGUUCACACUAUAAAACUAUAAACAAGUUGCUUUAAUUUACAACAUUUGAUCUCUAGUUGACAGUUGUCUCAUUGGCAAUCAUAUCUCAUCUUAAUUUUUUUUUAUGCAUUUCACCAGUUAUUCAUGUUGAUGUUAGGUCUAUGGUCAGUGCCAUUGAAAAAUUGUCUUGUCUGUAAGGAAAGUUUCGAUAGCCAGACUAAGGUGUGCCAUGAUUGGUGCUGAUGGUAGCAUCAACAUUUGUUAAAGUUUUUGUUUAAUAAGAUGUGCUGUUAUUGGCGUUGUUUAGGUUAUGCAGGUUAUACAGGUUAGACAACUCUUUGUUUAUUAUGUAUUUUAUUUAAUUUUGGAUGUAACACGUCUUCUGAUUGGCUGACAUUGUUUUUUUUAUCAGCUCAUAGACAUAAUUUUGUCAUGUGACCGUGACGUCAUCAACGUUUUUUCAUGGUUUACUCAGGUUUAAAAUGGAAUUUAGAAUUAAAUUAUAAGAAAUGACUAAUAUUUUUUCUGUCUAUUCGAAAUAACAUAAAAAAUGUGGUGCACACUUUAAAAUAACCCGCUACGCGGGUUAUACAGUGUGCACCACAUUUUUGAUGUUAUUUCUUCAUAGACAGAAAAAAUAUUACAGUCAUUCCUAUUAUAGAUUCAUUAUAAUUUGUGUGGUACCAAUUUACAUGGAUUUCGUGGGUAUAAUCCACAAUUUUUAAUGUUUAAGGAUUUAUUAAUUUUAAAAGAAGACUUUGGCAAAUCGACCAAAUUAAAUAUUCAUGAAAAUACAAGCUUUCCUCAUUCCACUAAAAUGUGUAUCCACGAACAUAAAUGAAUCAACAGUACAUUAGAUUUGUUGUUUGAUAUUAUAAUUUUUAUAUUAAUCAAUUGUAAAUUGUUUUUUUUGCUUGAAUAUUUUUUUUGCUUCAGUGAUUACAUUGCUGUGCACAUUAUGUUGAGUUAUGCUUAAAAUGCUUUUCGAGAUACAGGGUCCUUUUUUAUUUACACCUCAAGCCUUUGCUGUUUAAAGAUAUAAGAACUUUCCCAUGUAGAAAUAUGUAUUUUUGAAUGUUUACAUUCUAUAUACUUUAGGGAUGGUUUUAUAAUCUACACUAUCAUUGAGGGUUUCACCCAGUCGUAAUUUCAAUAUGCUUGAAUGUAAUCAUGAUAUCCAGCAGGGUGGGUUAGAUGGUGUGAAAAUUAAUUACAUACUGUGAACUACUUUUAUUCAUGUCUUGGUAGAUCUGUUAAUGGUUUAUCUUCAUUUCCCAACGUUUAUCAUUAAUUUUAUGUCUUGAAAGUUUAAAACCACAAACCAAUGACUUUACCUUGAAAUAUGAUUCAGUGAAACCUGACCAAACUUGUUAUCUGUCUUAACCAGACAGCUCACUUCUAUAAAGUCCCCUUAUAUCAACAUCAACACAUUUUAAACCUGUACAAACUGAACACCUUCUCUAAACUGAUUUUUUUUUUUUCAGAUCUUUUAAGGAGUUCUAUUUAGACAUGUACAUGAAUCACUGUAGUUUGAAUUCAUGAAAGUGCUAUAUAUAAAAUUGUUUAACUAAAAAAGUUCCAUAGCAAGACUGACAUGGUUAAAUUCUAUAUGUACCUGUUUCAAGUCAGGAGCCUGUAGUUCAGUGUUUGUCAUUGGUUGCUGUCAUAUUUUUUUUUAAUAAGUUUGUAAAUUAAUCUGGCUGUUGGUUUUCUUAAUUGAAUUGUUUCAUAUUUUGCAUGUCAUGUCUGGGUCUUUCAUAGCUAUACCGUAUGGGUUUUGCUUAUUAUUGAAGGGCGUACAUGGGUUUUGCUCAUUAUUGAAGGCCGUACAGUGACAUAGAACUGCUGACAUCCACACUUAUUGGUCGCAGGUAGAUAGUUAUUUUAUUUGUAGUCAUACCACAUUUUAUUUUUAUAUGGUAUUAAUGAUAAAUAUAUUUCAUUGUUGUCAAUAAAUAUUAUUUUGUAUCAUACAUAUUAUGGUAAAUAAAAUAUAUAACAAUA